AUGAAGUCCAACGCUGUCAUUGCCGUGCUUGUUUCACUCGGUGGUUCUGGCGUUCUUGCUGGCCCUUGCAAGCCUGUCACGUCGCAGACCACUCAACUUACGUCUGCAACAACCGAAGAGUCCACUCUCAUUGACCUCACUACCACCAUCGUUGCAUCCGAGACCACCGCCGAAUCUCUCAUUCCCUCUACCACCGAUGUCAGCUCACACGCCACCGAGGACUCUACUGUUGAGGUACCCACGACAACUGCGGCUGCUGAACCCACGUCGGAGGAGCCAGCAGUGACCUCGGAUGCGAGCACCACGAUCGCUGAGCCGACCACAACCACGGCGGUCCCUGCUCUAUGUCAAACUCCAAUCCCUUGCGAUAAUCUAGGCCUCGACUGGGCUUACUAUACCAACCCUACUCAAAACACGGAUACCACGUAUUCCAACUUCAAUCCCGCCUCCUUCAAGCAAGACGAUCCUUUGUAUACUGGUACCACUCGCAGGGUCGGUGGCAUAUUCGAAAGUCAGAGUUCCGCUGCAGGACCCAUCUACGGUACAAGCCAGGACUUCCCACUGGAUUUCUUCGCUCUAAACCAUCAUGGCUACAUCUAUACCUGCGAGGCCGGUACUUACAAGUUUGACAUUCCGUAUGCCAACGAUGCUGUGUACCUCUGGGUAGGUCAAAGUGCCUAUGCUGGAUGGACAAAGGGCAAUGCUCCCGCGAAGGCUCUUUAUAACCAGCCGGACCAUAUUGCUGGAAGCGCUUCUUACGAAAUUGCUAUACCUGCUGGCCUAUACAUUCCGAUUCGAGUGGUGUAUGGGCAAGCACAGUAUGGCGGUGGAUUCACGUUCAAGGUCACGGCUCCUAGUGGACAGGUCCUCCUUGGUGAUAAUGCUGUUUCUAGUGGGCUCGUUGUACGACAUUCAUGUGAUGGAGUUAAUGCACCCCAGUUCCCACCUUUUGGUCAGGAGGUUUAA